AUGAUUCAGAAGAUUCUGGAGGGAUUUUUCCAGCGUCUGAAGUGGCGCGGCGAUGAGAGAGUCAUGGACAUUGGGUGUGGCAUUGGUGAUGUGACGCGCCGAUGCUUUCUUCCUCUGCUUCCGGACAAUUUCCAGAGACUUGUCUGCGCGGAUUUCUCGCCAGUGAUGCUGGAAGCUGCGAAACUGGAAUUCCGCGGCAUCGAUCGAGUGGAUUUCCUCCAAAUGGACAUCGGAAAGAACGUGGAAGAUUCACUGAAGGAAACCUUCGACAGGAUCUUUUCCAGUCUUAGCUUAAUGUAUGUCCAGGAUCAGAUGCAAGUCUUCAAGAAUGUUUUUGAUCUUCUCACGCCUGGAGGAGAUUGCCUGAUUAUCAUCCUAAGAAAUGGAGCGAUUUUUGAGACAGCAUUUCAGCUUUCAGAGACGCUAAAGUGGAAAGACAGACUGAAGCACUACAGAGAAGUGUUUGUCUUUCCCUAUCGCGAAGAUCCCGAUCCUAUGGCGACUCUGAAGAACCUCCUGAAAUCCGUGGGAUUCCAGGAUAUUUCCGUGAAGAAGGAAGACUACAAUCAUGUUUAUCCAUCAACUGAAAUCUUCAGAGAGACGCUGAAAUGCUGUCCAAGCUUCCCAAACAACUUGUCAGAGGACGAAAAGGAUGAUCUUCUGGACGAUCAAGUUGAUCUUGGAACCUCUUUCAACAUCAUACAACCUUUUAGAGACGAAAGCAAGCCAAUGAAAGAAAUUCCUUUUCAAAAUCUCAUCAUUUACGCCAGGAAACCAGAAGCUUAA